AACUGAUCGUCGCUCUCCAGUCUCAGCAGUUUCCUUAAACUGUCCAAUACUCCCAGCCACAAAUCGUCAAACACCUUGUAUGCCUCUCUGGCUCUCUGUAUUUGUACCCUUAUUUGGUAAGAGCGGCUUCCUGACUCCUGAGUGGAUCCCAAUGCGCAAAUCUUCAAAUUCCCACAGACUCAUUGCACAGCGGAAUAGCUAUUUCUGAUUAAUUAGUCAUAUUCGUGUUGCAUAGCCAUGCUUGUCCAUUUCGAUCUCAAGGACUUCCAAGAAAAGUUUUCAACCCAGCUGAGACCAUGGCAACGUUCUUUCCAGUUCUGGGCUCGCACUGCUGAUAUCUACACUGGUUAUAAAGCAUUUCAAGUGAGAAUGUGCUUUGAGAAGGAUGUACAGAAGCAGGAGGCGAUGUGGGAGAGGCAGCAUGAGGUUGCUGCAGAGAAGAUAUACAACAUGUGUUCUGAGCUCGGUGGCUUUUUCCUAAAGGUUGCUCAAAUUAUUGGGAAGCCUGAUUUGGCUCCGGCUGCAUGGGUCAGAAGGCUAGUUACUCUCUGCGAUCAAGCCCCUGCUACGUCAUAUAGUGUGAUCAAAGUAGUGCUGGAGAAGGAGUUGGGUCAAAGUGUUGAUGACCUGUUUGAACGAUUUGAUGUGGAACCACUUGGUUCUGCUUCCAUUGCACAGGUUCACCGUGCUAGACUUAGAGGCAACAAGAAUGAUGUUGUUGUCAAGGUCCAACAUCCAGGUGUUCAAGAACUGAUGAUGACAGAUAUCCGUAACCUUCAAGCCUUUGCAUUAUACAUGCAAAAGACAGAUAUCAAGUUUGAUUUAUUCUCUGUAACCAAGGAAAUGGAGAAACAGAUUAGUUAUGAAUUUGACUUUAAGAGGGAGGCUGAUGCUAUGCAAAGAAUUCAAAAUUUUCUAUACAAGAAUAACAAGAAGUCACCAGUUCUGGUGCCACGGGUGAUGCGAGAUAUGGUCAGCAGGAGGGUUCUAGUUAUGGAGUAUAUUGAUGGAAUACCAAUUCUAAAGAUGGGGGACGAAAUGGCAAAGAGAGGCAUAAAUCCUAGUGGCAAGUUGGCAGUAGCUGCAAAGCAGAAUAUCCUGAAAAGUUUAUCACUUGCAUAUGGGCAAAUGAUACUAAAGAGUGGUUUCUUUCACGCAGAUCCUCAUCCUGGAAAUAUUUUAAUCUGUAAAGGUUCUGAGGUUGCCUUGCUUGACUAUGGGCAAGUGAAGGAUCUUCCUGAGAAUCUGAGGCUAGGAUAUGCUAACUUGAUUCUUGCUAUUGCUGAUAAUGACCAGGUGAAGGCCCUACAGAGUUACAGAGAGCUUGGAAUAAACACCGUGUGCAAAUGCGAGGAUGAACUAAAAGAGCUGCUUAGACUGGCACAAACUAUGUUUGAUACAAAACUACCCCCUGGCGUGACAAUGCUUCAACCUUUCUCUGAAGGAUCUUCAAUUAAAAAAAUUGCGGUUCAGGCGUUUCCAGAGGAACUGUUUUCUGUUCUUCGCACAGUACAUCUACUUAGAGGACUUAGCGUCGGACUAGGAAUUAAUUAUUCAGUUGCUGAGCAGUGGAGACCGCUUGCUGAGGAAGCACUAUACCGGGCAGGAAGACUUACAGGGAAAGAGCUCAAAAGUGUGCAGAGGCAAGGAAUUUUUAGAAGAAAUUUUUGGAGAUAACAAACACUUUUCACAAUUCUAGAAAUGCUUUUUCUUUUUCUUUUUUUGCCUCCUGUGGUUUCAUACUAAUCUAAUCGGAUUAAGUUUGUAUUAUUGUUUGUUUGGAAAUUAGAAUAUAUUAGCUUGGAACCACCUCUGCCACCCCCCAUUCUUUUACAUCAGAAUUUAUUUAUUUUCCAUAAAUUAACUAUUUACAACAGAUUAUCAGUAAUAAUUUCACUAUUGAAUUGUCUGUAUUUAUCUUA